AUGAAGCAACCUCAAAUGUUUCAACUCGGGAACCUGGGAAUGGCAAUGUCUCACCACAUUGAAACCCGUACAACUCUAGCCUUCAUACACGGCUGGGACAUCUUUGUGCACGAGUCCCACGUGACUGGCGAACGGGUCAUGCCUCACAAGACAGCCAUCUACGAAACACUCAAGUUGUCCGGCAGGCUGCUGGGCCACCCCUUGCUGCUUCCCGCCAUCUUCCUGCGAGUACACCUGAAAAAGGCCGAGAUCACGAGGAAGCAACUGAGCGCCGCAACGGAAGAAAUUGAAAAGACCCUCGGGGUCACCAAGACAGCCCGGCUGGCGAUGAGAACCGUCCAAGAUGUGCAGGUCAACUCGAAGAUGAACCGCAUGAUCACAGACGAGAAGACCAGGAUCCACACGACGGCGCUGCUCAGCACCACGGUGACGGAUGUUAUCAAUAUGAAAGGGACACUGGAGUGGGAUAUGGAAUACGUCAAGUUUCUUCGCAAUGUCAACGAGACCAUUAAGCCAGAUCAUGACGAUAUGGAGGUGUCAUCGGAGGUGGACUUGGAGCUGAACGGCUUUAUCGACCUUCUCGAGGUCGAUGCACAGUCUAUUUCGUCGUAUGCUACCAUGAUGCAGUCUAGGCUGGAUAUCCAGCUCAAUGUGGCCGGAAAUAAUCUCAACAUGAAAAUCGCAAAGACUGCGGGUCUGGACAGCACAGCCAUGAAGACAAUGGCUGUGGUGACCAUGGUCUUUCUUCCCCCGACAUUCGUUGCCACAAUAUUCAGCAUGUCAAUGUUCAACUGGCAAGCUUCGUCCUCAUCAAACACAGCCGACGGCAGUGGCGGCGGUUCAGAGCCCACCGUUGUGCCGCAGUUCUGGAUCUACUGGGCCGUGAGCUUACCUUUGACGGUGGCCAUCGUGAUUGGCUGGCGAGUGUGGUGGCAUUUCCAGAAAUCGUACUACGAGACCAAGUUUUUGAGUACAGAGAAGGAAGACAAAGACGCACGAUCUGCAAAGGAGUCGAGGAGACGAGUAUGA